CUAGGUUGUCAGCUACAAAUGCCAGUUUUAAUUGUGAAUGCUGGUCAAGUUAACAUUUUUCUAGCAUGCUGUACGAUUCUGCCAUUUGUAACUGCUCCACCUACGCUACCGACAAGAUCACCUGUAACACCUCCACACUGUCAGUGUCCCAUGGAUCUGUACAGCGACAGAGUUUGCCCCUUAAUUGGACCUUGCAACAGAGAUCCCAAGGUAAUUACAUAUGGUCCUCUGCCACUGUGUCCAGUUACCAUAAACUGCGAACAAACGGACUACCUACUAUUUCAAUUCUCUGAUGGAACCUACAUAACUAACAUAAGAGUGAGUGACUUCCGUCAGCUCGUGGAUAUCCACUGCGUCAAUGGCGAAUGGCGUUAUUAUGGCCAGGCAGUAUUUGACAAAGUAUUGCGUCACGUCGUCUGCCAUUCCGUCGCAAUUCCCGCUCACAAUUUUUUGUUAGACUUGUAGUAUCAGUGCUCGU